GACAGAAGUUUGCAGGCCCCGGCUAAACUUCCAGGUCACUUCUCUGCAGACGACUGCUCCUUUCCACGCAGAGGUCCCAUUUUCCAGAAUGCUGUGGCGUUUUGUAGUAGCGAUUUUAGGCGUUUGCCUCAUCCCAUAUUGCCUUUCGGACGUGCAGCUCAGUAGUAAUGUUAUUCUGGAACCUUAUGAUCUGCUGUUCGACACGGCGGUGGAAGCCUACUACAAGGGGGACUGGAUGACGGUCAUUCUGAACAUGGAGAGAGCGCUUCGGAACAAGGCUGCGAUCCGCAGGGUGAAGGCGCAUUGUCGGAUAACUUGUGCCAACCAGAGCGCUUUCGGGGAGCCUUUAUCUAGCAUGGUUGUGCCAGUACCAGGCGCUGGCUCCGUGGAAGAUCUUGGCUUUUUCCAGAAAAUUAUGAAAAGGGCUGAUUGUGUAAAUACCUGCGAAAGUGAGAAAAUUGGACCACCAACUAUCCAUAAAGUCACUGAAGAUGUGGACCUUGAGUUUAAGAAAAGAACACCCUACAAUUACCUGCAAGUCGCGUACUUCAAGAUCAACAAGCUGGAUAAAGCUGUGGCGGCGGCAAACACGUUUUUCCUGGCCAACCCAGACCACAUGGAGAUGAAGCAGAACCUGGACUAUUACAGGAUGAUGGCCGGAGUACAGCAGGAGGACUUCAAAGACCUGGAGUCCCGGCCGCACAUGACAGAGUUCCUUGCAGGGAAGCGGUAUUACAGCUCCGAUUCGUUCGGUCUGGCCAUCGACCACUUUGAGGCGGCAGUGGAGGAGUACUUCAGCGAGGACCAGGAGUGCCGGGCGCUCUGUGAAGGAGCUUACGUCUACGAUGGGUACAACUACAUGGAGUACAGUGCCGACUUGUUCCAGUCCAUGACAGACCACUACAUGCAGAUUCUGAACUGUAAGCAGAGAUGUUCUGUGGAGCUAGCCUCCACCGCGGGAAAGGACAAGCCAUUUGAGGAUUUCCUCCCUUCCCACUUCAACUACCUACAGUUCUCCUACUACAACAGUGAGAAGUAUGAGCAGGCCAUAGAGUGGGCUAAAACCUACCUGCUGUUCCAUCCAGAGGAGGAGGUGAUGAAUCAGAACCUGGCUUACUACUCCGCUGUGCUGGGGGAGGACAAGGCUGCAGCCAUAUCCGCUAGACUGGUGGUGAAACAGCAUAUUCAGCAGUCCCUGUUGGAAAAGGAGCUACUCUACUUUGCUUAUGAAGUGUUUGGAAUCACCUUUGUUGAUCCGGAUUCCUGGACCCCUGCAGACGUCAUGCCCCUCAAACUGAGAGAGAAGCAGAAGGCAGAAAGGGAGACUGCGGCGAGGAUCACUGAGGAGAUUGGGAAUCUGAUGAAGGAGAUUGAAACUCUGGUGGAGGAGAAGAACAAGGAGUCGACUGACAUUGCCAAGAUCGUACGAGAAGGUGGUCCUUUGUUGUUUGAUGACAUCAAGAUUACUAUGUCGUCAAAGCAGCUGAAUGGGUCUCAGAGGGUUCUACUGGAUGGUUUUAUCUCGAAUGACGAGUGCAGAGAGCUCACCCGCCUCUCUAAUGCGGCAGCGCUGAAAGGUGAUGGGUAUCAAGGCCGCCCCUCCCCCCACUCACCCAGCGAGAGCUUCCAAGGAGUCACUGUCCUCAAGGCUAUUAAGUUGGGACAGGAGGGCACUGUGCCCCUGAAGAGUGCCCGCCUGUUUUUUGACAUGAGUGAGAAGGUGCGUGGGGUCCUGGAGUCGUACUUCCGUCUGGACUCUCCUCUCUACUUCUCCUACUCCCACCUGGUCUGCCGCUCCGCCAUCGACGAGAAGCAGGAUGACCGUGACAACCUGAGUCACCCGGUUCAUGCAGACAACUGCCUGCUGGUCUCUGAGCUCAACGAGUGCAUUAAAGAACCACCUGCUUACACAAACAGGGACUAUAGCGCAAUCCUCUAUCUGAAUGAUGAUUUUGAAGGAGGAGAUUUCAUUUUCACUGAACUGGAUGCCAAAACGGUCACAGCAGAGGUGCGUCCUCAGUGUGGUCGUGUGGUUGGGUUCGGUGCUGGGAAUGAGAACCCUCACGGGGUAAGAGCGGUCACUAAGGGCCAGAGGUGUGCUGUGGCCCUGUGGUUCACCCUUGACCCCAAACAUGAGGAGAAGGAUCGGAUCCAAGCUCAAGAGAUGCUGAAGAUGUUCUCCUCUCCUACGGACACAGAGUUCACAAAGACAAAGACAGAGAGCUCACAACCACAGCUUACACCUCUUGACCAGUCUGCGCUUCUUGGUCAAGCUGCAACCCCAGUACAGGAGCAGGCAGGCAAACCAGAUGACAAACCAGCAGAGAAGAAGCCUAAGGAACCAGCAGAAACAGUUAGUGAAAACCCAUCUGAUAAACCAGAGGAUAAAAAGAAUGAGAAGCCGAUAGAGAAGCCCGCAGAAAUACUAAUUGCAAAAAAGGGUAACAAAGCCAAGGUGAAAGAGCUGGUUAAAACUAAAGCCAAAGCAGCGGAUGCAUCAAAGAACAAAAAAGCGACGACUAAAACAGCGGCUAAAGCAGGGGACAAAGCCAACGCUAAGACAGCAGACAAGGCUAAAGCAAAACCUGCAGCAAAAACAAACGUCAAACAGGCAGCAGACAAAACAUACAAAAAAGAGCAGAAGCCAGCGACAAAAAAGACAGAGAAAAUCCCUGUCAAAAAGGUUUCCAAGGACUCCAAUACUGACCUCAAGUCAUCCUCGGACUCACAGACAGACAAGGACGAGCUGUGAGACCAACAGCACCUGUGACUCUUAUUCUGUGGUGUCUUUUUUUUCUACUGUUUGAAUAUAUUUGUCAAGGUUUUGAGGUUGUUUGCUGUAUUGUUUUGGAUGUUGUUUGUCUGCCCAAUAAUGGUGGUAAGGAACAAGGAUAUGGUGUUGUAAUGUAAGCCAUACCGUAAUACCAAGGGACUGCAAACUCACUCUGAUGGCUGAUCUCAACCAACCAAUCAAUCAAAUCAAUCAAAUUAGAUUUCUAUAGGGCUAAAAUGUAACCACCUUUGAAUACCUAUCCCAGACUCAUGUGAACAGAUAAUAUAUAUAUAUAUAUAUAUAUAUAUAUAUAAUAUUACUUUUGUUUAUAAUUUUGGAUUCUCAGUCUGCUAUUUUGUACUGUUUUAAAAUGUACUGUUCUUUGCCUCAGGAAUUGGAAGAUGUAAUUUCCUCAAAAAACAAAAAACAGGAAAGAACAACAAUGAACAAAUGUGUCUGAAUAGAGACUGAUACCUGGAUUCAUGUGGAUACACUAAAUAAAAGUACAGUUCUUA